ACUUCCUGUUUGGUGGCGGAAGUGGCUGUGGUGCGUUAGGAGAACGUAAAGCCGCGCGCGCGGGUGUGUGUCUGUGAAAGAGAGCGUGAGCGUGGUAAGGGGUUGGAUCGGAGGAUCGUGAUCGGCUUUCUAGGGCCACCGCCAUGGCGUACCGCGGGCAGGGCCAGAAAGUACAGAAGGUGAUGGUGCAGCCCAUCAACCUCAUCUUCAGAUACCUACAGAAUAGGUCCAGGAUCCAGGUAUGGCUGUAUGAACAAGUCAAUAUGCGGAUAGAAGGUUGUAUAAUUGGAUUUGAUGAAUAUAUGAACCUGGUUCUGGAUGAUGCUGAGGAAAUUCAUUCCAAGACAAAAUCAAGGAAGCAAUUGGGUCGGAUUAUGUUAAAGGGGGACAAUAUUACCCUUCUACAAAGUGUUUCUAACUAGAUAUUACUAUCUAGUGUGUUUUGCUUCUUAUUUUCAUCUUUAACCUGUAGAAGAAAACGUGUGAUUGUUGCUGUCACUUCUGACCUUGAUGUCUGAGAAGAAAGUAAAGAAUGAUGCCAGUUACUUAGUUCAUGUUUGUAUAGUUCUCAGUCAUUUUUUAUAUUGGCAUAGACUUGUAUUAAUAAACAUUUUUUGUUAAUA